UGCAGCUCUGAGUCUCACUGAGGAAAGUGUUCAGAGUUCAGACUCCAUGUUGAUGUGGACGGAGCAGCAGAGGAGACCAGAUUCAAAGAUGGUGGGUGUUUCUGAUUCAUGUCUCUGAAUGACUGAAGUCCAGAAGAUGGAGGAUUGUGUGGAGGAAGAGGAGGAGAGACCAGAGUCUCCAGGAUCCAUCAGUGUCUCUAUGAAGAGUGACCGGUCCAAAGAUGGAACUCCAGACUUCAGUGAAGAACCUGGACCUUCAGACACAAACAGUCAGCUUCAAACACGUGACGAUGUGACGACUGAGGACCAGGAUGACUCCAGGAAUGACAGCUAUACUGUGAAAAUGUGGUUGAAGGACACUUUGAAGAAUUUGGACUCCAGUGGGCUGAAGGAAUUCAAGUGGUACCUGAAUAAUGCAGAUCAAUCAAAGGAUGGUUUCAAACCGAUCGAACUGUGUUAUCUGGAAAAGGCGGACAGAUUGGACACAGUAAAUCUGAUGAUGCAGAGAUUCUCCUCAAAGACCAGAGAGGUGGCCGAGACGAUUUUAAAGAAGAUGAAAAGUGAUAAAGAAAAACCUGUUGUCCAGGGCGAUCCAGUCUCUCCAGCUGGUGCAACAGGUACUUUUGCUGAAGUUUGUAAAAAUGAGCUGAAGUCUAAGCUGCAGAAGAAGUACCAGCAUGUGUCUGAGGGGAUUGUUAAAGCAGGAGAGACAAUCCUUCUGGAGCAGAUCUACACGGAGCUCUACAUCACAGAGGGAGGGACCGGAGAGGUCAAUAAUGAACAUGAAGUCAGACAGAUUGAAGCAGCUUCCAGGAAACCAGACAGAGCAGAAACAACCAUCAGACAGGAAGACAUCUUUAAACUCCCACCUGGAAGAGAUAAAAAAAUCAGAACGGUGAUGACGAAGGGAGUGGCCGGCAUCGGGAAAACAGUCCUAACACAGAAGUUCAGUCUGGACUGGGCUGAAGGCAGAACCAACCAGGACAUCCAGUUCCUGCUUCCAUUCACCUUCAGACAGCUGAAUGGGCUGAAAGAGAGAAAGUUCAGCUUGGUGAAACUAGUUCAUCACUUCUUCUCUGAAACCAAAGGAAUCUGCAGCUUUGAAAAGUUCCAGGUCGUGUUCAUCUUUGACGGUCUGGAUGAGAGUCGACUUCCUCUCGACUUCCACAACAAUGAGUUUAUGACUGAUGUUACAGAGUCCACCUCAGUGGACGUGCUGCUGACAAACCUCAUCAGGGGGAACCUGCUUCCUUCUGCUCGUCUCUGGAUCACCACACGACCCGCAGCAGCCAAUCAGAUCCCUCCUGAGUGUGUUGACAUGGUGACGGAGGUCAGAGGGUUCACUAACCCACAGAAGGAGGAAUACUUCAGGAAGAGGUUCAGAGAAGAGGAACAGAGUAGCAGGAUCAUCUCCCACAUCAAGACUUCACGGAGCCUCCACAUCAUGUGCCACAUCCCAGUGUUCUGCUGGAUCACGGCUUCGGUCCUGGAGAACGUCCUGGAGAAUGUUCUGGAAACCAGAAAGGGAGGGCGGCUGCCCAAGACCCUGACUGAGAUGUACAUCCACUUCCUGGUGGUCCAGGCCAAACUGAAGAAAGCCAAGUAUGACGGAGGAACUGUGAUGGAUCCACACUGGAGUCCAGAGAGCAGGAAGAUGGUGGAGUCUCUGGGAAAACUGGCUUUUGAGCAGCUGCAGAAAGGAAACCUGAUCUUCUAUGAAUCAGACCUGGUAGAGUGUGGCAUCAAUAUUGGAGAGGCUUCAGUGUACUCAGGAGUGUUCACCCAGAUCUUUAGAGAGGAGAGACACAUGUACCAGAACCAGGUCUUCUGCUUCAUCCAUCUGAGUGUUCAGGAGUUUCUGGCUGCUCUUCAUGUCCAUCAAACCUUCAUCAAGUCUGGAGUCAACCUGCUGAAGGAACAGAGAAAAACCUCAACAUGGUUUAAAAAAAAAGCAGAGACGGACCUCCAUCAGGCAGCUGUGGACAAGGCCUUACAGAGUCCCAACGGACACCUGGACUUGUUCCUGCGCUUCCUCCUGGGUCUUUCACUGGAGACCAAUCAGACUCUCCUACGAGGUCUGUUGGAACCAAAACAAAGAAGAUCACAGAACAAUCAGAAAAUAGUUAAAUACAUCAAGAAGAAGAUCAGUAAGGAUCUGUCUGCAGAGAGAAGCAUCAACCUGUUCCACUGUCUGAGUGAGCUGAACGAUGGUUCUCUGGUGGAGGAGAUCCAACGGUACCUGGGGUCAGGACGUCUCUCCACAGCUAAACUGUCUCCUGCUCAGUGGUCGGCUCUGGCCUUCAUCUUACUGUCAUCAGAAGAAGAUCUGGAGGAGUUUGACCUGAAGAAAUACUCAGCUUCAGAGGAGGUUCUACGGAGGCUGCUGCCGGUGGUCAAAGCCUCCAAGAAAGCUGUGUUGAGUCGCUGUAACCUCUCAGGGAACAUCUGUCCACUUCUGUCCUCAGUUCUCAGCUCUCAGUCCUCCAGUCUGACAGAACUGGACCUGAGCAACAACGACCUGCAGGAUUCAGGACUGGAGCAGCUGUGUCCUGGACUGGAGAGUCCACACUGUCACCUGGAGUCCCUCAGGUUGGAGUACUGUGGUCUGUCAGGGAUCAGCUGUUCUUCUCUGGGCCCAGCUCUGAAGUCCAACCCCUCCCAUCUGAAACAUCUGCACCUGGGUGGGAACAACCUGCAGGAUUCAGGAGUGAAACAUCUGAGUGGAUUUCUGGAGAGUCCAGACUGCAGACUGGAGACUCUGGAGUUGUGGAACUGCGGUCUGUCAGAGAUCAGCUGUUCUUCUCUGGUCUCAGCUCUGGAGUCCAACCCCUCCCAUCUGAAACAUCUGAACCUGAGUCACAACAACAACCUGCAGGAUUCAGGAGUGAAACAUCUGAGUGGAUUUCUGGAGAGUCCAGACUGCAGACUGGAGACUCUGAGGUUGAGGAGGUGCAGUCUGUCAGAGAUCAGCUGUUCUUCUCUGGUCUCAGCUCUGAAGUCCAACCCCUCCCAUCUGAAACUUCUGGACCUGAGUUACAACGAGAACCUGCAGGAUUCAGGAGUGAAACAUCUGAGUGGAUUUCUGGAGCAUCCAGACUGCAGACUGGAGACUCUGGAGUUGCAGCACUGCGGUAUGUCAGAGAUCAGCUGUUCUUCUCUGGUCUCAGCUCUGAAGUCCAACCCCUCCCAUCUGAAAUAUCUGGACCUGAGCUGGAACCAAAACCUGCAGGAUUCAGGAGUGAAACAUCUGACUGGAUUUCUGGAGAGUCCAGACUGCAGACUGGAGACUCUGGAAUUGUGGAUCUGCGGUCUGUCAGAGAUCAGCUGUUCUUCUCUGGUCUCAGCUCUGAAGUCCAACCCCUCCCAUCUGAAACAUCUGGACCUGAGUAACAACAACCUGCAGGAUUCAGAUGUGGAGCAGCUUUCUGAUCUGGUGGAGAGUCCAGACUACCAGCUGGAGACUCUCAGGAAAUGAUGAGUGUCCAGGAUGGAUGUGUCGUGUCCUGAUCAUCCUCAGAGUUGAAGCAGAACCAGUUUGUGUGGACAAACUCUGACUGGACCGUGAUGAAGAUUAAGAUGAUGAUGAUGAUGAUGAUGAUGAUGAUGAUGAUGAUGAUGAUGAUGAUGAAGAAGAAUAUGUACAUUGUUUCUGAAUUCCAGCGUUCUACAAACCUCUCAUAUAUUAAUGUAUUUCAUGUUAAGUAAAAAAAACCUUUAUUGUUAUUAUAUUCUUGUUAAAAACCAGUCCAUCAAAAUGAAGCCUCUAACUUGAAGUUGAGUUUCAAAGUUUAUUUAGACGGGACAAUGCAUAUUAAUUAACACUACAUUAAGCAGUGUAAAUACACCGGGUUUUAGCAGAAUUGCUAGUUUCCACCCGCAGUCCCCACAAACAACCAGACACACUCACACCUACGGGCAAUUUAGAAUCAACAAUUAACCUAGCAUGCAUGUUUUUGGACUGUGGGAGGAAACCGGAGUACCCGGAGAAAACCCACGCAAGCACGGGGAGAACAUGCAAACUCCACACAGAAAGAUCCUGCUGGGCCUGGGAGUCGAACCGGGAACCUUCUUGCUGUGAGGCAACAGUGCUAACCACUAAGCCAACGUGCUGCCCAAGAGUUUUGUUCCACAUUGUUCCUCAAGCCCUUCGUCUAAAGUAGUAGGGAGGAGAUUUCUACUACUAAUGUACUGAUGGAUAAAAGUCUACGCUGCCGCCGCGGAGCUGCUCAGGAAAGCAGCCGUCUCCUCCACUGAGUCACAUGACUCCCCUGGUGUUUUCUUUUUAUUUACAUGUUACCGUUUCAUUCCAAGUUUUCCUGUUGUUUUUGUCGUGUUUUCAGCUUCGUCAGGUUUUUAAAGUUUCUCUCCGCGUCACUGAUGAAGAGAGAGACUGAAGAGUACCGUGGAAAUAACAGCGUUUGUUCAUGAAACACGAAACACAAAUGAACUUGACUUGGUCAAUGAAUGUUCCUCAGUUUGUUCCAGUAAAUAUUGUAAAUAUUUUCUGAUAUUACGAUGAUUGUUAACACUUCAAAGAAAGUCAAAAAUCUUCAGUAAAACUUGGAUCUUUUCUCUUG